GAAUGGCAAAUCGAGAUGAAUAAAGACGAGUACAUCGACGCCAUCGCCUGCGGCACCGGGUUUAUAGCGGUGGCCACCGAUCAACGCUUUGUACGCAUUCUCACUACCGGUGGUAUUCAGACGAGUAUAUUCUCUAUCGCCGGUCGCGUUGUCUGUCUGUCGGCUUUUGAACAGUUUUUGAUGAUUAUAUACCACUCGGGGUCGGGAGUGCCCGAAGAGCAGAGUCUGUCGAUGCAAGUGCUUCGAGUACAACACAGGCCCACAUCCAAACAUCCGGUUCCAAAUCCUAUUGCCGUUGCUCUGAGCCCUAAAUCAGAGGUCUCGUGGGCCGGCUUUACCGACGAGGGAACCCCAUGUGUGGCCGAUUUGGACGGAAUCGUCCGCAUAUUCACUACCGGUGUCGGCAACACAUGGGUUCCGAUCGCAUCCACUAAAGACAAUGCAAAGGGAAAGUCAGACAACUUUUUCAUAAUAGGUUUGAGUGAAAUUCAGAAUCAAAUUCGUUGCAUAUUCUGUAAGGGCUCCCGAUAUCCGGCCACUGUUCCCAAGCCAUCGGUCACUCUAUUGCCGCUUCAGUUACCACUUUGUGAGAUGUUUACCGCUAAAGGCAAACAUGAGGAGGAACACAUUCGCAAUCAGAUGUUGUCUUCACUUCUGAAGAAGUUAUCGAAAGAUGGCUUCGAUGUGGACUCGAAUCUCGAGGAAUGCAACAGAAAUAUAAUCAAUUCUCUCAUUAAAUUAUUUGCUAUGGCUUUGGGCGCCGAUAGAGAGGCGUUGGCGGUGGAGAUCAGUCAUCUGAUGCCCAACAAGAGGGCCGUCGAGGGGGCCAUCAAAUUCGCUGAACGCCAAAAGCGCAGAACUUUAGCACAAAAGUUGUCAGAAAUUGCUGAACAAAAACUGGUCGAAGAGUUAAAUGAAUUAUCCGACGACGAAGAAGAAGUGGAAGUGAUUGAUGAGCCCAACCCUCGAAUGGCAUCCAAUUCUCGGAUCCCAUCGAUCGAAGACAGAACCGCCGGUUUUCAACUGAAACCCAAAGCUAUGCGUAGAGGCGGUGACGCACAGGACGUAGAGUCAGAUGACAGCGAAUCCAUUAUUGACGUGAAGAGCGCCAGAAAAACGGAUACUAAUGAUGACGACAACUGUAUCACUGAUGACGACGAUGACUCCAAUUCUGUGUCAUUGAAGCCAAGAGUAAUGAAUGUAACGAAACAACAGAUGAAAGGAAAUCCGUUUAAAGUGACACAAAACCAGAGGAAAACGAAACGCAAACAGAAUUCCAGUGAUGAGAGCGACGGCGACGAUGAGGAUGGAGACGACCGCUCAGGCGAUGGCCGAGCGUUCGGACACUAUUACGCGGCGAUGAAACACAUCAUCAAAGACGACAACUCCGAUGUGGAGUCAGAAACAGAAGUGAAACAGAUAGCGAGGGAUCGGUUCCGCGAGUUGGACGCCGCGGAGCGCAAGGGUUGGGCCACAGGCGCCGGUGACGGCAAGGGUGGCCGCAAAAGGCAACGCAAAGCAAAGCCCGACAUCAACGCAACCAAUAAGGAGAACACGAAGAAUAAGAUCACAAACUUUUUCACCAAAAAUUAA